AUGGAUGAGACGGAGAAGGUUAUAUUGGAGCCUACAAAGAGUGGUGGAAUAUUUGAUCUUAGGCCAAGUGCUGUAGGUAAUGAUGACCUGCUGUACUACGACCCUGCUAGUGUAAUCAUAUGUGCCAUUGGAUCCCGCUAUAACAGUUACUGCUCAAAUGUUGUCAGGUCUUUCUUGAUUGAUGCCGGGUCUUUUCAAAACAAAGUAUAUGAGGUCCUUCUCAAGGCUCAUGAAGCUGCUAUCGGUGCCUUGAAACCUGGUAACCCAGUUAGUGCAGUAUAUGAGGCUGGCCGCUCCUUAGUUAAGUCUGUCUGA